AUGAGAGGCGAACCGUGUGUGACUCCGACUUGUGCGAAGAGCGGCUCACUCGUAUGCCCGACGUGUAAGAAGCUGGGCAUACCAUCAGCCAUGAGCUCCUUCUGCUCGCAACAGUGCUUUAAAGGUUACUGGUCCUCGCACAAGGCACUGCACAAGAUGUUCACGCAAGCGCUGGCAGAAGAACAGGCUCGCGCCGAGAAUACAACGCCUUUCGAUGGCUUUCAGUUCACUGGUACGCUGCGUCCCGGUAUAGUGUCAGAAAUGAGUAAAGUACCAGAGCAUAUCCAGCGUCCGGACUACGCGGAGACGGGCAUUCCCGUGUCGGAGCAGCAGGCCAGCAAAAGCAUCCCCAUCUACACGUCUGAGCAGAUCGCAGGCAUUCGAGAAGCUUGUCGUCUUGGACGAGAAGUUCUUGACAUUGCAGGCAAUGCACUUCGUCCUGGAAUAACUGGAGACGAGAUUGAUAAGAUCGUACACACGGCCUGCAUAGAGCGUGGCUGCUACCCGUCACCAUUAAAUUACUACCACUUUCCCAAGUCGGUCUGCAUCUCGGUAAAUGAAGUGAUUUGUCAUGGUAUUCCGGACUCUCGUGCUCUUGCUGACGGAGACAUUGUCAAUCUUGAUGUGACAGUGUACAAGAACGGCUAUCAUGGAGAUCUGAACGACACUUUCUUGGUUGGAAAUGUAGACGACGACGGCGUCCGACUGGUAAAGACGGCAUUUGAAAGCUUAGCGGCAGCAUCCAAGCUUGUGCGACCCGGCACGAUGUUUCGUGAGCUGGGCAAGCACAUUGCCGCGGUUGCUAACGCACAGGACUUUUCCGUUGUCAAGACGUAUUGUGGUCAUGGAAUUGGGUCGUUGUUUCACUGCUCUCCAAAUGUUCCUCACUACGCUAAGAAUAAGGCUGUUGGUAUCAUGAAGCCUGGUAUGAUCUUUACUAUUGAGCCGAUGAUAAACAUGGGUUCAUGGCGUGACAAGACGUGGCCUGAUGAAUGGACGGCUGUGACGCAGGAUGGUAUGCGUUCCGCACAGUUUGAGCAUACAUUCCUUGUGACAGAGACGGGCUACGAGAUCCUGACGAAGCGUGAAAAUGAGCCGGUGAUGGAGUGGGAUUUCGCCAAGGUGCACCGACUGUAA